AUGGAGUCGAGGACAGAUCCUGUGCUAAUCUACGGAAGCAGCAAGCUCGCCGCGAAGCUCUUCGACUUUGCUUCUCUGGAGCCCUCUGCGCUGUCUUUCGGUGGGGCGAGGCCGCUUGGUGUGCUAACCUUCCUCUACCUCCAGUCGCUGCACGCCUUGCGACGAGUCCUGAACUUCCCAGCAGCAGGCGCUCGACCUCGUGAACCAUCCGAAUUCUGGCUUUCAUUCAGAGGUUACAACGCUUCACAGGAUGCUGAAGCCCAGGAGCGCCGCCGCUUCUUCACGUUUGCACCAAGGCUGUGCAUCGAGAUCGCCCACUCGGCGGAAGAGGCCGUGUCGCUGCUGCGGAAUUCGGUCGAGUCGUUGGCCUCGGCAGGCCUGCUCGCAGCGGCCUCGCCCAUCUCGCUGGCAAUACGACUCCGGGAGGGCUGCCAAGGUGCCUGGUCCAAUGAUGAGGCUCCGGAGGGCUGGUACCUGAGCUGGCUCCGGCAACGGUUUCGUUGCACAACGCUUUGCGGGAACGAGGUGAAUCCUUGCUGGGAAGAGCCAGGUCUUGGACUCCUGCUGCAGAGUUCAUGGCACGUGCUGCCCUUCCGGCCUGAAGAAGUGUGGUGGACCCUUGGUGAGGCGGCGGCGCUUUUGGUAGGCCAAAAUAGCGGCUGGCGGAUAACAGCUGUGUCGCUGAUGGAGAAGACGCUGCAAGGAGCUCAGGGUGCCUUGGGAGCUGGAGGCCGGGCCCUCAAAGCCCAGGGUCGGCCCAUGCACGAGUGGAACUCGGGCGACUGGAGGGACUUGGCGCUGACGGCUCCAGCAAUAUCCUCGAGCUGGAAUUUGACAGAGGCGCAAGGCAAACUGUUCGACAUGUACUGCCUCUUCGCGGCGACAACGAAUGGAGACAUGGCAACGUCCUGGUUCCAGCCACCGGAGGACCUGCGGCACUGCACUUCCAGCCUGCCGAGCCUUUGCGCACCGCAGUCCUGGUGGAAGGACUGGAGCGAAGACGUGUGGCUGCUUCCAACGCAAGCUUGGACUCGGACUAGGCCACCUCAAGGCGGCCGCAGCGUGGUGGCGCUUUUUGAGGGACUCUUCCAGCUCGCCGCAGGGUCCCGCUAUGACUCCUCACCGUCGGCACAGACAGCCUUGGGCAUACCGCCGUGCUACGCAUGCCAUCAGGUGCGUCCGCCAGCAUCUGCUGAAUUCACCCUGUACAUCACGGUGCUGGACGUCUUGGGCCCGUGCCGCGAGCUGUUCAGCAACACUUUCAUGGAUACCUUGGAGGCCUUGCAGCUUGCAUCGUUUCAGGGACCUCAGGUUGUACUUGUCGAGCCUUUCAUCUGCAAUGCAGUCUGGCAGCGCUAUGGAGAGCUGGAAGCGGCCGAGCUGCACGCCAAAGCAGCUGCAGAAGGACGCAAAUGGUCCAUCUACUCCAACUGGAAUUCGAAAACGGCUUGUGGCCUCCGCCACGGCAGCGUCACACCCUUUGGCGUGCUCUUUGACUGGCCAGCACUCAGCUCCUGGCUGCGGGAGGUCCGCGGCAUUCGGGGCCAGAUUUCCUGGGAAGAGUUCCUGCAGCGGACAGGAAGCACUCUGGACGUGCUGGCCAUGCAAGCCGACCACCCCAACGAAGGCCAAAAGCUGCAUUGUGGCGAUUCGGACCAGCCAAUGCAGUUGCGUUUCUACCAGUCCGACUUGAACAUUCAGCGCCGCGUUUGCGUGCGAGACACGAAGCACACCAGUGGCUUUGAGCUUCGCUUGCUGGAUGACGACCGGUUUGCAGAAACGGUGCAGACUGCUGUCGCAAAGGCAAAGUCAUCUGGCAAAACCUGGGCUUCUGUUGGGCUCUACUUUUACUGGAUCGAGGGUGCGGAGCGCGCACGCCUUCAUCCUGGUCGGCAUGGCUACAUGUCAGUGCACUCUUACUACACAUCGAUUUGGCGUGGACUUCGCUUCUCCCAGUGGGUUUUUCAGAGGGCCGGAGAGGUGGCUCGGAAGCUGAAGCUCCGUGCUGGAAGGUCUCUCGGGUCUUUCUCGGGACGACUUCCAUACAUGGCGGCCCACUGGCGGAAGGGUGACUGGUUCCUCGGGCCUCACCCGCGGAAGCUUGAGCAGGCUGCGCUCGCAGAGGUGCCAAAGUUUGCAUCGAUACUGCGGGAGCACCUACACCGGCGUGGCCUCACAAGGCUUUUCCUCAUGACGAAUGCUCCAGCAAACAGCAAGGCUGUCAAAGACCUAGCCCGCGAACUUGCGGGCACAGCUGAGCUGAUGUUGGCGCCGCCCCUUUUGGGGGACGAGAACAGCCUGCGGCAGCUCUGCGUCGAGAUGGCCCUCGCGGCAGCUGCCGACUUUUUCAUUGCCUUUGGGGACGGGCUAAUCCGUGGCCACGUCUCAAUGCCAUCGAUGCUGGUAUUGCAGAUGAGGUUGCACGCCGAGUCCUGGCCGCUGCAAUCGCAUGCAUUCUCCUUUGCUUCUCCUGGCCGCUUUGGUGAGGACUGGCUAGGCCUCUGA